CUGCCAGUGACGCAAAACCCCCCCUGAAGUUUCUCAAAACCCUAGAAAAAUCAUAUUCCGUCCACCCUAAAAAAUCUGAUCCAAACCUCGCUGACUGGCUCGAUUGAGUGAAUACAGUGUUAGUUUACUCCAGCGGGGCAGCCGGCCGAGCGAUUUCAGGAGCCAAGUCGCUGCUUUAAAACCCUCGAGGAGAAACUCUGUUGAGCAUAGUGUUGGGUGAACAGGGGAGAAUUAGGGUUUUCCGUUCUCCAGUAAGUACAUCCGGGAGACAAGCCAUCGCCAUGGGUCCAAUUCAGAACUUCGAGCAGCAUUCUCGUCACCUCGUGGAGCCUGAUAUCCCAAUGCAAACGAGGCUUCAGAUGGCGAUGGAAGUGCGCGACAGUCUCGAGAUUGCACACACUCCAGAGUACUUGAACUUCUUGAAGUGCUAUUUCCGUGCAUUCUCAGCCAUUCUCUUACAAAUUACCAGCCCCCAGUUUGUAGACAAUCCAGAGCACAAGCUUCGUAACAUUGUUGUGGAGAUACUCAACCGUUUGCCUCACAGUGAAGUUCUGAGGCCCUUUGUUCAGGAUCUAUUGAAGGUUGCCAUGCAAGUGCUUACCUCAGAUAAUGAGGAGAAUGGAUUGAUUUGCAUCCGCAUCAUCUUUGAUCUUCUUAGGAACUUUAGGCCCACGCUAGAAAAUGAAGUUCAACCAUUCUUGGAUUUCGUGUGCAAGAUUUACCAAAACUUUAGCUUGACCGUUAGCCAUUUCUUCGAUAACAUGACCACUAAUCUGGAGGAUGUCAAGCCAAUGGAGACUUCUUCUUCUUCAGAUCAAGGGAUCACGGGUACUGGAUAUGUAGGGAAUGGCCAGCUUAAUCCCAGUACUCGGUCAUUUAAAGUGGUCACGGAGAGUCCCCUCGUGGUGAUGUUUCUGUUCCAAUUGUAUAGCCGACUUGUGCAAACCAAUAUUCCGACUCUGUUACCUCUAAUGGUUGAUGCAAUAUCUGUUCCUGGCCCUGACAGGGUUCCUCCCCAUCUAAAGAGUCAUUUUAUUGAACUGAAGGGAGCACAAGUUAAGACUGUUUCCUUUUUGACUUACCUGCUGAAGAGCUUCAGUGAUUACAUUAGGUCCCAAGAAGAUCGUAUAUGCCAAAGCAUUGUAAAUUUGCUAGUUACAUGCUCAGACUCUGUAUCUAUCAGAAGGGAAUUGUUAGUUGCUCUAAAACAUGUUCUUGGAACCGAUUUCAAAAGGGGAUUAUUUCCUUUGAUUGACACACUUUUAGAAGAGAGACAUGCGGGCUUUCUGGCAUUGGUUGGAACAUGUUGCUUAAAGUUGCUCUUGCUUGAUAUUGCUGCUUGUUUUCUUUUUCUCUUUUUGAAUAUAUUCGUACAUCUGUCUUUGUAUUCCAGAGUUUUAGUUGGAACUGGCCGUGCAUGCUAUGAGACUUUGAGGCCAUUAGCUUAUAGUCUACUGGCAGAGAUUGUCCAUCAUGUUAGAAGUGACCUCACAUUGUCUCAGUUAUCACGUAUCAUUUAUCUGUUUUCUAGUAACAUGCACGAUGCUUCUUUGUCACUCAGUAUACAUACAACCUGUGCCAGGUUGAUGUUGAAUCUGGUAGAGCCAAUUUUUGAGAAGGGGGUGGACCAGCCGUCUAUGGAUGAAGCUCGAGUUCUACUAGGGCGCAUUUUGGAUGCUUUUGUUGGCAAGUUCAGUACUUUCAAACGAACUAUCCCACAGCUCUUGGAAGAAGGGGAAGAGGGAAAGGAGCGUGCUACUUUAAGAUCAAAGCUUGAGCUUCCUGUGCAGGCAGUUUUGAAUUUGCAAGUCCCUGUGGAACAUUCUAAGGAAGUCAGUGAUUGUAAGAAUCUGAUCAAGACGUUAGUCAUGGGAAUGAAGACCAUCAUUUGGAGCAUUACUCAUGCACAUUUGCCUCGGUCACAGGUUUCCCCCUCCACACAUGGAGCGCACUCUCAGGUACUAGCUUCACACCCCUCCAACUUACCAGCUCAGCAAGCAUUUAAAGGGAUGAGGGAAGAUGAGUUGUGGAAAGCAUCAGGUGUUCUGAAGAGUGGGGUUCAUUGCCUAGCUCUCUUCAAAGAAAAGGAUGAAGAAAGGGACAUGCUUAAUCUCUUCUCUCAGAUUUUGGCUAUCAUGGAGCCUCGAGAUUUGAUGGACAUGUUCUCCUUGUGCUUGCCUGAGCUGUUUGAGUGUAUGAUUAACAAUACUCAGUUGGUCCACAUUUUCUCUUCUCUUCUGCAAUCUCCAAAAGUAUACAGACCAUUUGCGGAUGUACUGGUUAAUUUCCUUGCAAGCAGCAAACUUGAUGUUUUAAAGCACUCAGAUUCACCUGCUGCGAAACUGGUUCUGCACCUUUUUAGGUUUAUAUUUGGUGCUGUUACCAAAGCACCUGCAGAUUUUGAACGGAUUUUGCAGCCACAUGUUCCUGUCAUUAUGGAGGUUUGUGUGAAGAAUGCUACUGAAGUUGAGAAACCUCUUGGUUACAUGCAACUACUACGCACUAUGUUUCGAGCUCUUGCAGGAUGUAAAUUCGAACUUCUUCUACGAGACCUCAUUCCUAUGCUACAGCCCUGCCUGAAUAUGUUAUUGACAAUGCUCGAGGGUCCAACUGGGGAAGACAUGAGGGACCUUUUGCUGGAGCUGUGCCUUACAUUGCCUGCACGACUAAGCUCAUUGCUUCCUUAUCUUCCUCGUUUGAUGAGGCCUCUUGUUUUGUGUCUUAAAGGAGGCGAUGAUCUAGUGAAUUUAGGAUUAAGGACACUUGAAUUUUGGGUAGAUAGUUUGAAUCCUGAUUUCCUGGAACCAAGCAUGGCUAAUGUGAUGUCGGAGGUGAUUUUGGCUUUGUGGUCUCACUUGAGACCUCCGCCGUAUCCUUGGGGGGGAAAGGCAUUGCAACUUCUGGGCAAGUUAGGUGGUCGUAAUAGGAGAUUUCUUAAGGAGCCCCUCUCUCUCGAGUGUAAAGAUAACCCUGAACAUGGACUUCGCUUGAUUCUUACAUUCGAACCUUCAACUCCAUUUUUGGUGCCACUGGAUCGGUGUAUAAAUCUUGCUGUAUCAGCUAUCAUGCACAGAGAUGCUAGCAUAGAUGCAUUUUACCGGAAGCAGGCGCUGAAAUUCCUUCGCGUUUGCGUAGCUUCUCAGCUAAACUUGCCAGGGAGUAUCUCCGAUGAGGGGUAUACGGGCAAACAGUUGUCGACAUUGUUGGUUUCUGUCACAGAUUCGACAUGGCGUAGGUCCGAGACAUCAGACAUAAAGGCAGACUUAGGUGUGAAGACAAAGACUCAACUGAUGGCGGAGAAGUCCGUGUUCAAAAUCUUGUUAAUGACAAUAAUUGCAGCCAAUUCAGAACUGGAGCUUCAAGACCCUGGGGAUGAUUUUGUUGUCAAUGUUUGCCGCCAUUUUGCAAUGAUCUUUCACAUUGACCACACACCAACCAACUCUUCACAUGUGACCAGUAUUGUUGGUGGUUCUAUGGCCCCAUCAAAUUUGAAUUCCAGGUCGAGGAGUAAGUGUUGUUCCAAUCUUAAAGAGUUGGACCCUUUGAUAUUUUUGGAUGCAUUGGUGGAGGUGCUGGCGAGUGAGAAUAGGGUCCAUGCAAAAGCUGCUUUAAGUGCACUAAAUGUGUUUGCUGAGACCCUUCUGUUUCUUGCUCGUGCAAAACAUUCUGAUGUUCUGAUGACAAGAGGUGGGCCCAGUACACCGAUGAUUGUUUCCAGUCCAUCUAUGAAUCCAGUCUAUUCCCCGCCUCCGAGUGUACGAGUUCCAGCUUUUGAACAGCUUCUGCCUCGUCUCCUGCAUUGUUGCUAUGGAAGCACAUGGCAAGCUCAAAUGGGUGGUGUUAUGGGACUUGGUGCUUUAGUAGGAAAGGUCACUGUUGAAACUCUGUGUGUCUUCCAAGUGAGGAUUGUCCGAGGCUUGGUAUAUGUGCUCAAAAGACUUCCUCUUUAUGCAAGCAAAGAGCAGGAAGAAACCGGUCAAGUGCUUACUCAAGUUCUUCGGGUUGUAAACAACGUCGAUGAGGCAAACAGUGAACCCCGUAGGCAAAGUUUUCAAGGGGUAGUUGAUUUUCUGGCAUCAGAGCUAUUCAAUCCUAAUGCAUCUAUUAUUGUGCGGAGGAAUGUGCAGUCCUGCUUGUCACUUUUGGCUAGUAGGACAGGCAGUGAGGUCUCUGAGCUACUUGAGCCUUUGUAUCAGCCUAUGCUUCAGCCCCUCAUAAUGCGCCCUCUUCGCUCAAAGACUGUUGAUCAACAGAUCGGAACGGUUACUGCUUUGAAUUUUUGCCUGGCUUUGAGGCCUCCUCUCCUGAAACUUACUCAAGAACUGGUUAACUUCCUCCAAGAAGCAUUGCAAAUAGCCGAGGCAGACGAAACUGUAUGGGCGGCUAAGUUGAUGAACCCAAAAGUGACCACCUCACUUAACAAGCUCAGAACAGCUUGCAUUGAGCUGCUCUGUACCACUAUGGCAUGGACAGAUUUCAAAACCCCAAAUCAUUCUGAGUUGCGUGCGAAGAUCAUUUCCAUGUUCUUCAAAUCCUUGACAUGCCGAACUCCAGAGAUAGUUGCUGUUGCGAAGGAAGGCCUACGACAGGUUAUUAAUCAGCAACGCAUGCCCAAGGAACUUCUUCAGAGUAGCCUAAGGCCCAUUUUAGUUAACUUAGCCCACACCAAGAACCUUAGUAUGCCUCUUUUGCAAGGGCUUGCCCGUCUUCUCGAACUACUAUCCAAUUGGUUCAAUGUUACCUUGGGUGGCAAACUGUUGGAGCACCUUAAGAAGUGGUUGGAACCUGAUAAGCUUGCGCAAAGUCUUAAAGCAUGGAAGGCUGGUGAAGAACCAAAAAUUGCAGCUGCUAUUAUAGAGCUUUUUCACCUACUGCCUCUUGCUGCGGCAAAGUUUCUUGAUGAACUUGUGACUUUGACUAUUGACUUGGAAAGAGCUCUUCCUGUUGGACAAGUCUACAGCGAGAUAAACAGCCCAUAUCGCCUUCCACUGACCAAAUAUUUAAAUCGUUAUUCGGCUCUUGCUGUUGAUUAUUUUCUGGCCCGACUAAAUGAUCCAAAAUACUUCAGGCGGUUUAUGUAUAUAGUACGAUCAGAUGCAGGACAACCUCUGAGAGAGGAACUUGCAAAGUCUGCACUGAAGAUUCUUCCCACUGCCUUCCCUGAUUUUGUACCAAAACCUGAGUCAGCAGUUACUUCUGGAUUGUCAACUCCAGCCACUGGUACAGCGGGUGAUGAUGCAAUAAUGAGUUCUCCUGCUGACACUCAAAAGUUACCAUCUUCUGGUUCUGGUACUGCUUCAGAUGCACAUUUUCAUGGGCUUGCUCUGGUUAAAACGUUGGUCAAGUUGGUACCUUCGUGGCUGCAGAGCAACCGUGCAGUAUUUGAUACCUUGGUACUUUUAUGGAAGUCACCAGCUAGAAUAUCUCGUUUGCAGAAUGAACAAGAGCUGAACUUGGUGCAAGUUAAAGAAAGCAAAUGGCUCAUCAAAUGCUUCCUGAAUUACCUGCGUGUUGACAAAAGUGAAGUUAACGUGCUCUUUGAUAUUCCAUCCAUAUUCUUAUCUCACACGCGUAUUGACUACACUUUUCUCAAGGAGUUCUUUAUUAUUGAGGUCGCUGAAGGGUAUCCACCAAACAUGAAGAAAGCACUUCUUUUACACUUUCUGAACCUUUUUCAAUCGAAACAACUUAGUCAUGACCAUCUGGUGGUUGUCAUGCAAAUGCUCAUUCUUCCGAUGCUUGCUCAUGCCUUCCAGAAUGGCCAAAGUUGGGAGGUUGUUGACCCUGCUAUCAUCAAGACAAUUGUUGACAAACUUCUUGAUCCACCAGAGGAGGUUUCAGCAGAAUAUGAUGAACCUUUGAGGAUAGAACUUUUGCAGCUUGCUACUCUUCUUCUAAAAUACCUUCAAAGUGACCUUGUGCAUCAUAGGAAAGAACUGAUUAAGUUUGGCUGGAAUCACCUCAAGCGCGAAGACAGUGCUAGCAAGCAGUGGGCAUUUGUAAAUGUUUGUCAUUUCUUGGAGGCCUACCAGGCGCCUGAAAAGAUAAUACUGCAGGUUUUUGUUGCUCUUCUUAGAACUUGCCAGCCAGAGAAUAAACUGUUGGUCAAGCAGGCCCUUGACAUACUAAUGCCAGCAUUACCCCGAAGAUUACCUCUUGGCGAUUCUCGCAUGCCAAUUUGGAUCCGAUACACCAAAAAGAUUCUUGUUGAAGAAGGUCACUCGCUUCCUAAUCUGAUUCACAUUUUCCAGUUGAUUGUGCGGCAUUCUGAUCUCUUCUAUAGCUGUAGAGCACAAUUUGUGCCGCAGAUGGUCAAUUCUCUUAGCCGACUGGGAUUGCCAUAUAAUACUACAGCCGAAAAUAGGCGUCUUGCUAUUGAACUAGCUGGUUUAGUCGUCGGUUGGGAAAGACAGAGGCAGAAUGAAAUGAAAAUUGCAGUUGAUGCUGAUGUUCCCUGUAAUGAUGGAUAUAACCCUGGCUCUGCUGUUGCUGAUGCAAAACGCGCAACUGAUGGAUCUGCAUUCCUAGAAGAUCCUAGUAAAAGAGUUAAAGUGGAACCUGGUCUUCAAUCCCUCUGUGUGAUGUCCCCUGGUUCUUCAUCAAUUCCUAAUGUGGAGACCCCUGGAUCCGGUGGCCAACCUGAUGAGGAAUUCAAGCCAAAUGCUGCCAUGGAAGAAAUGAUUAUCAAUUUUCUUAUCCGGGUUGCCUUAGUCAUUGAGCCAAAGGACAAGGAAGCAAGUACCAUGUAUAGACAAGCUUUGGAGUUACUGUCACAAGCUUUAGAUGUGUGGCCAAAUGCUAAUGUCAAAUUCAACUAUCUAGAAAAGCUGCUCAGCAGCAUCCAACCAUCACAGUCAAAGGAUCCUUCAACAGCUCUUGCACAGGGCUUGGAUGUCAUGAACAAAGUAUUGGAGAAACAGCCUCAUUUGUUCAUUAGAAAUAAUAUUAGUCAGAUCUCUCAGAUUUUGGAACCUUGUUUCAAGCACAAAAUGUUGGAUGCUGGGAAAUCAUUGUCCACCCUAUUGAAGAUGGUCUUUAUUGCUUUCCCGCCUGAUGCUGCUAGUACACCGCCAGAUGUUAAGCUAUUGUUUCAGAAAGUUGACGAGCUGAUACAAAAGCAUGUUACCAUUGUUACUGCUCCUCAAACAUCAGGCGAGGAUAACUCUACAACUGCAAUUACUUUCGUGCUACUUGUUAUAAAAACCUUGACAGAGGUAGAGAAGAACGUUGAUCCAUACAUCUUGGUUCGUAUUCUUCAACGGUUGGUUCGAGAUAUGGGGUCAUCAGCAAGUUCACAUUUGAGACAGGGUCAGCGUACAGAUCCUGAUUCAGCAGUUUCUUCUUCCCGACAAGGUGUGGAUUUUGGAGCAGUCAUCUCUAACUUGAAAUCGGUAUUGAAGCUUAUAAGUGAAAAGGUCAUGUCAGUUCCAGAAUGCAAAAGAUUAGUCACACAGCUAUUGAAUGCAUUGCUCUCAGAGAAAGGCACUGAUGCUACCGUGCUUCUUUGCACACUAGAUGUGGUGAAAGGGUGGAUUGAAGAAGAUUUCUGCAGACCAGGAGUGGGCACAUCAAGUGCCUUCCUGAAUCCAAAAGAAAUUGUUUCAUUUCUUCAGAAGUUAUCGCAAGUUGAGAAACAGAACUUCUCCCCUCAUUCUUUGGAAGAGUGGGACAGGAAGUAUUUGCAGCUGCUUUAUGGAAUUUGUGCGGAUUCUAAUAAAUAUGCACUGGCUUUACGUCAGGAGGUAUUUCAGAAGGUUGAACGGCAAUUCAUGCUUGGUUUAAGGGCAAGGGACCCUGAAAUGAGGAUGAAGUUUUUCUUACUGUAUCAUGAAUCUCUUGGGAAGUCAUUGUUUACGAGGUUACAAUAUAUUAUUCAAAUUCAGGAUUGGGAGGCUUUAAGUGAUGUUUUCUGGCUCAAGCAAGGGCUUGAUCUUCUUUUGGCAAUCUUAGUUGAAGAUAAACCCAUCACACUUGCUCCAAACUCUGCCCGGGUGCUUCCACUAGUGCUUUCAGGUUCUCUUCCUGAUGGUUCUGCAAUGCAACAAGAAGUUAUGGAUGUUUCAGAUGGUACGCAGGAGGGUGCUCUAACAUUUGAUGGUCUCGUUCUCAAGCAUGCCCAGUUUCUUAAUGAAACAAGUAAACUUCAGGUGUGUGAUCUGGUUCUUCCACUAAGAGAGCUGGCUCACACAGAUUCAAAUGUUGCAUAUCAUUUGUGGGUUCUUGUAUUUCCUAUUGUUUGGGUAACAUUGCACAAGGAAGAACAGGUAGCAUUAGCUAAGCCCAUGAUCACUCUGCUAUCUAAGGAUUAUCACAAGAAGCAGCAAGGUAGCAGACCAAAUGUUGUCCAAGCACUCCUGGAGGGGCUUCAGUUGAGCCAUCCCCAGCCUCGGAUGCCUAGUGAACUCAUUAAGUACAUAGGUAAAACAUACAAUGCAUGGCACAUUGCUUUGGCUUUACUGGAAAGCCAUGUUAUGUUGUUCAUGAAUGAUACCAAGUGUUCUGAAUCACUGGCUGAACUAUAUCGCUUACUCAACGAAGAAGAUAUGAGAUGUGGACUUUGGAAAAAAAGAUCCAUCACUGCGGAGACAAAGGCAGGACUUUCACUUGUUCAGCAUGGCUACUGGCACCGUGCUCAAAGCUUCUUUUAUCAGGCAAUGGUCAAGGCAACUCAGGGUACAUACAACAAUACAGUUCCUAAAGCUGAGAUGUGUCUCUGGGAAGAACAAUGGCUUUACUGUGCCAGUCAGCUAAGUCAGUGGGACGCAUUAGUUGAUUUUGGGAAAAGCAUUGAGAACUAUGAGAUACUACUUGAUACCCUCUGGAAGCUGCCUGAGUGGGGGUUCAUGAAGGAUCAUGUAAUCCCUAAAGCUCAAGUAGAAGAAAGUCCUAAACUUCGCUUGGUACAGGCCUUCUUUGCUCUUCAUGACAAAACCACCAAUGGUGUUGCGGAUGCUGAAAGCAUAGUUGGAAAAGGAGUUGAUCUUGCCCUUGAACAGUGGUGGCAGUUGCCUGAAAUGUCUGUUCAUGCUAAGAUUCCUUUGUUGCAGCAAUUCCAGCAACUUGUGGAAGUUCAGGAGUCUGGCCGUAUUAUUGUGGACAUCGCUAAUGGAAAUAAAUUGUCUGGUAGUUCUGUGGUUGGUGUCCAUGGAAAUCUCUAUGCAGAUCUGAAAGACAUUUUGGAGACAUGGAGAUUAAGAACACCAAAUGAAUGGGAUAAUAUGUCUGUGUGGUUUGAUCUUCUGCAGUGGAGAAACGAAAUGUAUAACUCUGUUAUUGAAGCAUUCAAGGAUUUUAUAACUACAAACCAACAACUCCAUCACCUUGGCUAUCGUGACAAAGCGUGGAAUGUGAAUAAGCUUGCUCAUAUUGCUCGUAAACAAGGCCUUCAUGACGUUUGUGUGACGAUUCUUGAAAAAUUGUAUGGUCAUUCGACCAUGGAAGUACAGGAGGCUUUUGUCAAGAUAAGAGAGCAGGCCAAAGCUUAUCUAGAGAUGAAAGGAGAACUUAUAAGUGGUCUCAACUUGAUCAACAGCACUAAUUUGGAGUAUUUUCCUAUUAAGCACAAAGCAGAAAUAUUCCGUCUGAAGGGUGAUUUUCUGUCAAAGCUAAAUGAUGCGGAAGGUGCUAAUCUUGCAUAUUCCAAUGCCAUCACCCUUUUCAAAAAUUUGCCUAAAGGAUGGAUAAGCUGGGGGAACUAUAGUGAAAUGGCGUAUAAAGAAACUCAUGAUGAGAUCUGGCUCGAAUAUGCUGUGAGCUGCUUUCUUCAGGGAAUCAAAUUUGGUGUUUCGAACUCCAGAAGCCACUUGGCUAGGGUUCUGUAUCUUCUUAGUUUUGACACUCCCAAUGAACCCGUUGGAAGAGCAUUCGAUAAAUACUUGGAGCAAAUACCCCACUGGGUUUGGCUUGCUUGGAUUCCCCAGUUAUUGCUUUCCUUGCAGAGGACAGAGGCGCCUCAUUGUAAACUUGUUUUGCUUAAAGUUGCUGCUGUGUACCCUCAGUCUCUCUACUACUGGCUCCGCACAUAUUUGCUCGAGCGUCGUGAUGUGGCCAACAAGUCUGAACUUGGUAGACUAGCAAUGGCGCAGCAAAGAAUACAACAAAAUGCUAUUGCUGCUGGAGCUGGUUCUCUGGGAUUGACCACUGAUGGGAAUGGUAGAGUACAAGUUCAAGGUGGUGGUAUUUUAUCCUCAGACAAUCAAGCUCAACAAGGUCACAGCGGAGGUGGAAUGCCAUCUCAUGAUGGUGGAAACUCUCAUGGGCAAGAACCUGAAAGGCCCACACCAUCUGAAAGUAGUGGGCAUGGUGGGGGGAAUGAUCAACCUUUGCAGCAAACAUCUGCAUCAAUGAGCGAUGGUGCUCAGAAUGCUGUCCGGCGUAAUGGUGCCAUGGGGUUGGUUGCUUCUGCUGCCAUUGCUUUUGAUGCUGCAAAGGAUAUCAUGGAGGCUCUUAGGAGUAAGCACACUAAUUUGGCUAGCGAACUUGAGGUUCUCCUCACAGAGAUCGGCUCACGCUUUGUCACUCUUCCUGAGGAGAGGCUGCUUGCAGUGGUUAAUGCCUUGCUCCACCGCUGUUACAAGUAUCCCACUGCUACUACUGCUGAGGUUCCUCAAUCCCUGAAGAAGGAGCUCUCUGGUGUUUGCAGGGCUUGCUUUUCGGCAGAUGCUGUGACGAAACAUGUUGAUUUUGUGAGAGAGUAUAAGCAAGACUUCGAACGUGAUCUUGAUCCAGAAAGUACAUCUACUUUCCCUGGAACACUCUCUGAAUUGACUGAAAGGCUGAAACACUGGAAAAAUGUGCUUCAGAGUAAUGUCGAGGAUCGUUUUCCUGCUGUCUUGAAGCUGGAGGAAGAAAGUAGGGUCUUGCGUGACUUUCAUGUGGUCGAUGUGGAGGUGCCUGGACAGUAUUUCAGUGAUCAGGAAGUUGCACCAGAUCAUACAGUUAAGUUGGACAGGGUUGGAGCUGAUAUACCAAUUGUUAGAAGGCAUGGCAGCAGUUUCCGUAGGUUGACUCUGAUAGGAUCAGAUGGUAGUCAGCGCCAUUUUAUUGUCCAGACUUCUCUGACUCCUAAUGCAAGGAGUGAUGAACGCAUGCUGCAACUGUUCCGUGUAAUGAACCAGAUGUUUGACAAGCACAAAGAAUCAAGACGUCGCCACAUAUCCAUUCACACACCAAUCAUCAUUCCUGUUUGGUCCCAGGUACGGAUGGUUGAAGAUGAUGUGAUGUACAACACCCUUCUAGAGGUUUAUGAAAACCACUGUGCAAGAAACGACCGGGAAGCUGAUCUUCCAAUCACAUAUUUCAAGGAGCAACUAAACCAAGCAAUCUCUGGCCAAGUUUCUCCUGAAGCUAUUGUAGAUCUUCGCCUGCAAGCGUACAGUGAUAUAACAAAGAACUUAGUGACUGACAGCAUCUUUUCCCAGUAUAUGUACAAGACUCUUCCCAGUGGGAACCAUAUCUGGGCUUUUAAGAAGCAGUUUGCCACUCAGUUGGCUCUGUCGAGUUUCAUGUCUUACAUGCUGCAAAUAGGGGGAAGGUCCCCAAACAAGAUAUUAUUUGCCAAGAACACGGGGAAGAUAUUCCAGACAGAUUUUCACCCAACAUAUGAUGCCAAUGGGUUGGUGGAGUUCACUGAGCCUGUACCAUUCCGGCUAACGAGAAACAUGCAAGCAUUUUUCUCUCAUUUUGGUGUGGAAGGUCUUAUUGUCUCUUCAAUGUGUGCUGCUGCACAGGCUUUGGUCUCCCCUAAGCAAAGUCAGCACUUGUGGCACCAGUUAGCUAUGUUUUUCCGUGACGAGCUAGUGUCCUGGUCUUGGAGAAGGCCACUCGGGAUGCCUAUGGCGCCAGCUGCUGGAGGGUCUGGCACAAACCCUGUCGACUUCAAACUCAAGGUAACGACGAAUGUGGACCACGUCAUCUCCAGGAUCCAUGCCAUUGCGCCUCAGUUUUUGUCGGAAGAGGAGGACAACACGAUGGAUCCGCCCUAUUCGGUGCAGAGGGGAGUGAACGAGUUGGUGGAAGCAGCGCUGAUGCCGAGGAACUUGUGCAUGAUGGAUCCAACUUGGCAUCCUUGGUUUUAACCUCGCAACGUUAAAUUGAACCCUUGUACAUCUAGCAUAUACGAUUAGUUGUGGCCAUCGUAAAUAAAUAGUCUCGGUGUACAUUCUUCUUUAGAUUCCUAUGCAACCCGGCUAGUUGUAUCGCGGAUAUUCGUCCUUCAAAGGAACCUUGGUAUUUGUAUAUUUGAUGGUCUCUGAUAAAUUGCAUGCUCUCUUCUCUGGUUA